AUGCGUAGCUUUGCUGAAAAGGUGUUUGCCUCUGAAGUCAAAGACGAGGGAGGCCGGCAUGAGAUCUCCCCCUUCGACAUCGAUGAGAUCUGCCCGAUUUCCCUCCAUGAGAUGCAAGCCCACAUCUUCCACAUGGAGAACCUGACCCUGUCCACGGAUGGCAGGAGAAAAAGGCGCUUCCGGGGACGGAAGACAGUUAAUUUAUCCAUUCCACAAAGUGAAACAUCUUCUACCAAACUGUCCCACAUCGAAGAGUUUAUUUCUUCAUCCCCGACCUACGAGAGUGUGCCUGACUUCCAGAGGGUGCAGAUCACUGGUGACUACGCUUCUGGGGUGACCCAGGCUACAGUGGACAAGCUGGGCAAAAGGACCAAAGAGAGCGGCAACGUGCAGCACUUUGUUCUUGCAGACUGCGUCAUAAAGCAGGACAGAGACGAGGGGAUGAGGGACAAGGGCGUAGCUCUGACACUCUCUUGGCAGGUAACAGUUGAAGACUUCGAGGUGGUUUGUAAAGGUCUCUAUCGGGCGUUGUGUAUACGGGAGAAAUACAUGCAGAAGUCAUUCCAGAGGUUCCCCAAGACUCCGUCCAAGUACCUGAGGAACAUCGACGGUGAAGCCUUGGUAGCAAAUGAGAGCUUCUAUCCAGUCUUUACCCCUCCUCCGAAGAAGGGAGAAGACCCCUUUCGCACAGAGGACCUCCCUGCGAACCUGGGCUAUCACCUCAAGAUGAAGGACGGUGUGAUUUACAUCUACCCUGAUGAAGCAGCAGCCAGCAGAGAGGAGCCUAGGCCCUACCCUUACCCAAAUCUGGACGACUUCCUGGACGACAUGAAUUUUUUGCUUGCUCUAAUUGCACAAGGGCCUGUUAAGACUUAUGCCCACCGGCGUCUGAAGUUCCUCUCCUCCAAGUUCCAGGUCCAUCAGAUGCUGAACGAGAUGGAUGAGCUGAAGGAGCUGAAGAACAACCCCCACCGGGACUUUUAUAACUGCAGGAAGGUGGAUACUCACAUCCAUGCAGCCGCCUGCAUGAACCAGAAGCAUCUGCUGCGCUUUAUUAAGAAAUCUUACCACAUCGAUGCCGACAGAGUGGUCUACAGCACUAAAGAGAAGAAUCUGACCCUGAAGGAACUUUUUGCUAAGUUGAAUAUGCAUCCCUAUGACCUGACGGUUGACUCUCUGGAUGUUCAUGCUGGACGCCAGACAUUCCAACGUUUUGAUAAAUUCAAUGACAAAUACAACCCCGUGGGUGCGAGUGAGCUUCGGGACCUCUACCUAAAAACAGACAAUUACAUUAAAGGGGAAUAUUUUGCCACUAUCAUCAAGGAGGUGGGUGCAGACCUGGUGGAGGCCAAGUACCAGCAUGCGGAGCCCCGCUUGUCCAUCUAUGGUCGCAGUCCUGAUGAGUGGAGCAAACUCUCCUCUUGGUUUGUCUGCAACCGCAUCUAUUGCCCCAACAUGACAUGGAUGAUCCAAGUCCCCAGGAUCUAUGAUGUGUUCCGAUCCAAGAAUUUCCUGCCACACUUUGGUAAGAUGCUGGAGAAUAUCUUCCUUCCAGUGUUUGAGGCCACCAUCAACCCCCAAGCUCACCCAGACCUCAGUGUCUUUCUCAAACACAUCACUGGCUUUGACAGCGUGGAUGAUGAGUCCAAACACAGUGGUCACAUGUUUUCCUCCAAGAGUCCCAAGCCUGAGGAGUGGACAAUGGAAAACAACCCAUCUUACACUUACUACGCCUACUACAUGUAUGCAAACAUCACAGUGCUCAACAGCCUGAGAAAGGAACGAGGCAUGAACACAUUUCUGUUCCGCCCUCACUGUGGGGAGGCGGGAGCGCUCACUCACCUCAUGACAGCCUUUAUGAUAGCAGACAAUAUUUCUCACGGCCUGAAUUUAAAGAAGAGUCCUGUGUUACAGUACUUGUUUUUCUUAGCCCAGAUUCCCAUCGCCAUGUCACCGUUAAGUAACAACAGCCUGUUUCUCGAAUAUGCAAAGAAUCCUUUCUUGGAUUUCCUCCAGAAAGGCCUGAUGAUCUCACUGUCAACCGACGACCCGAUGCAAUUUCAUUUCACCAAGGAGCCCCUGAUGGAAGAAUAUGCCAUUGCUGCACAAGUCUUCAAGCUGAGCACCUGUGACAUGUGUGAGGUGGCCAGGAACAGUGUUCUGCAGUGUGGAAUUUCUCACGAGGAGAAAGCAAGGUUCCUGGGCAAUAAUUACCUGGAGGAAGGCCCUGUUGGAAAUGACAUCCGGAGGACAAACGUCGCUCAAAUUCGCAUGGCCUAUCGCUAUGAGACCUGGUGUUAUGAACUCAACUUAAUUGCUGAGGGUCUUAAACCAACAGAAUAA